GACAGUGGCGCUGCUGGGAAACAAGCACAUUUUUUCCCUUUAAACUCGGACUCCACAGAGAGAUGCAGAAAACAACAUGGUGCCCGGCUCGAAGGCGGCCAUUGUUACUGUAACAUUUCAGCAGAGUGACCCAGGUUGCACACGACCCUGCAGCAGCCGCCACUGAUAUUGACAUUCUUCCGGGUUGGCGGAGGCAGUCCGCCUCUCAAGGUCUCUCUGCCGCUACAUCUGUGUCGAAUCGCUGCCUGGCUUGUGAACUGCUGGCUGUAGGUUGAUUCGUAAGUCAUGGAUGUACAGAAGCUACAUGUUACGUCAUGUCACUGGCAACAGUUACUUAUUUAGUAUCAUCCUCUUCACUUGGGCUGAGGAGGCUUCACCCUCGUCGGUUACUUCCUCCGACGGGACGCGGCAUCGUCCAAUCGGAGCGCAGGUCGCCGAGUGUAUCAGCUCUCUCAGCCAAUCAUUCGUUCUGGGGAGCGGAGCGGAGCCCAAUGGCAAGUGAACUCUGGGAGGAGGCGUGGUCUCCCGCACGAAUACUGAGGCAAAGGAUCUAAAGGAAGAUUAUUAUCGUGUCAGCUUCCGCCAAACUUGUUGCUUAUUAGUAGUAACGGGGAGCGAGCGAACGGAGCGGUAACCACGGCGGGGCGCGUACAGUCUCUCUCUCCCGACACGGCGGUGCCUGACGCAGAGCUAGGAUCGGCGACACGUCCACCACCGGCGCGGGGAGUGUCAACCUCAAUUCCGUCAACAGGGGGUCUGAAAGGCGGAGGCGGCGGCGGCGGCGGUGACGGGACGACCUCCUCCGUCAUGAGCGGGUCGCACGUGGACGUUCCUGUGGGCGAUGCCCUUUUAAUGGCACAGCGCCAAAUGUUGUCGUCCCUACCACCCGCGCUCCUCCUGCGGGCGUCGGAACGAUAUCAGCGCACGCCGAAAUGCGCCCGCUGCCGUAACCAUGGCGUUGUGUCAGCACUUAAAGGCCACAAGCGUUACUGCAGGUGGCGUGAUUGUAAUUGUGCUAAAUGCACCUUGAUAGCCGAGCGGCAGCGGGUGAUGGCAGCGCAGGUGGCGCUCCGGCGGCAGCAAGCGCAGGAGGAGAACGAGGUGCGUGAACUUUCUUUAUUAUAUGGCUCCACCGUCACCUCCGGCAGCAGCAGCAACAGCAGCCCAGCCACAGCCGCCGCUCCCGGAGGUGGCGGGCCCACAGGAGUUCCGCCUGUCGCCGCCGACCCCUUUUCGCACGACCUACUCAUCCCUCCCCACCUCGCUCUCUCCAUCUCCCUCCAGCAGCAACAUCACCAACAGAGGCCUAUAUACACCUCCCCGUCGUCGUCGUCGUCAGACCAACUGUCCCCAGGAUGCAAACGGUCUCGCCACGAGGAAGACGGCAGGAGUGGGUCUCCAUCGUCUCCUGGGCGGGAGGAGCCUCUUAGCCUUAAGGUUGGCCCUCCUGCCUCCCCAGACCAUGCUCAGCCUUCGUCACCAGCGCCCCACAUCCAGCCACCGCCCAAGGCCCCCACACCUAGGGAGGACAAUCACAGUGAAGACGAGGACCCGAGGCCAAGCAAGGCGGCGAGGAGAGACGCAAGUGAGGAGGACGAAAGUGCCACAGUCACGUCUCCGCCUGCGCCGUCUGGGGACGAGACGAAGCUCUCCAGCAUGGAGACGCUGGUGAGGCUCUUUCCGGGGCGAAAAGUGCAGGUUCUGGAGGCUGUGUUGCUCCGCUGCGGCGGGGACGUUCUGAGGGCUAUACAGACAUUGCUUUACGCCCUCCCACCGACGACGACUCAUCAGCCGCCCGCGGGCCACCCUCACCAUGCUCCCCACCACGAGAAUAACAACAACACUGACCAGAAUCAACACCAGCGACACCCACUUCACCACCACCACUCCCAAAUUCACCACACGCCUCAGCCGCGGCCCUCUCCGCCGCGCUCUCCUGAGACACGGCACCACGACCUCUUCCCCGACCCGGCAGCUCUCAGGGCAUCGGCAUUUGCUCCUCUCGGUCCACCUGCCCUCUCCAGAUUCCCGUAUCCUCCGCCUCACGCUCUCAUGGGACUGCCUUAUCCUCCCUUCAUGCACCCACGUCCCGAAUAUUAUCCUCCCCUCAACCUCUCCUCUCACACCGCUUCUCUUCUCACCGGCCACCCACCCUCUCCUCCUCCCAGGGAUCUGUCAGUCUCUCCCACCUCGCAACCUGAUCCUGAUACAGAGUGAUACCGUCGCAUCAGAUUAGUAUUUCAAUAUAAUUUUGGGCAUAUUUACACCAACUUUUGAUCGCCAGUCUAGUUGACAUACGAUAACUUUGACACACAGCACAGCAGUGUAACUCUCCUCUCCCACUCUUGGACUGUCCUUGCUUAUACACUUUACAAACAUUAUGUAUGAAACUAGAUUCCGUUUGUCUUUUUUU